CCAUUACUCGGGAGGCCCAGGUCAAUGUCCGGAUGGACUCCUUCGAUGAGGACCUUGCACGGCCCAGUGGCUUAUUGGCUCAGGAACGAAAACUUUGUCGGGAUCUAGUCCAUAGCAACAAAAAGGAGCAGGAAUUCCGUUCCAUUUUCCAGCACAUACAGUCAGCUCAGUCUCAGCGCAGCCCCUCAGAGUUGUUUGCCCAGCACAUAGUGACCAUUGUCCAUCACGUUAAAGAGCAUCAUUUUGGAUCCUCUGGAAUGACAUUGCAUGAACGCUUUACUAAGUAUCUAAAGAGAGGAAAUGAACAAGAAGCCGCUAAAAAUAAGAAAAGCCCAGAGAUACACAGGAGGAUAGACAUUUCCCCCAGUACAUUCAGAAAGCAUGGUUUGACUCAUGAGGAAUUGAAAAGUCCACGGGAACCUGGCUACAAGGCUGAGGGAAAAUACAAAGAUGAUCCUGUUGAUCUUCGCCUUGAUAUUGAACGUCGUAAAAAACACAAGGAGAGAGAUCUUAAGCGAGGUAAAUCAAGAGAGUCGGUGGAUUCCAGAGACUCUAGCCAUUCAAGAGAAAGAUCAACUGAAAAGACAGAGAAAACCCACAAAGGAUCAAAGAAGCAGAAGAAGCACCGCAGAGCAAGAGACCGGUCUAGGUCCUCCUCCUCCUCUUCCCAGUCAUCUCACUCCUACAAAGCAGAGGAGUACCCUGAGGAAGCAGAGGAGAGGGAGGAGAGCACCACAGGCUUCGACAAAUCCAGAUUAGGGACCAAAGACUUCGUGGGUCCGAAUGAAAGAGGCAGAGCUCGGGGAACUUUUCAAUUUCGAGCAAGAGGGAGAGGUUGGGGCAGAGGAAACUAUUCUGGUAACAAUAACAACAACAGCAACAAUGAUUUUCAAAAGAGAAGCCGGGAAGAAGAAUGGGAUCCCGAGUACACACCCAAGAGCAAGAAGUAUUACUUGCAUGACGACCGCGAAGGCGAAGGCAGCGACAAGUGGAUGAGUCGAGGCCGUGGCCGAGGAGCCUUUCCCCGGGGACGGGGACGGUUCAUGUUCCGGAAGUCCAGUACCAGCCCCAAGUGGGCCCAUGACAAGUUCAGUGGGGAGGAGGGAGAGAUUGAAGACGAUGAGAGUGGGACAGAGAACAGAGAAGAGAAGGACAGUUUACAGCCCUCAGCUGAGUAGGGGCCACUCUUGAUGGAGCCCUUGACCCGGGGGAGAAAGGCGCUGCUGGGAGAGCCUGGUGGAGCUAAACAAGGAGCCUCGUGAAGAUCCUGAAACCCCCCACUCCAUCACCCACUAGCCACACAGACAGCAGAGUGUGUCCCUAGUGCGGUCUUACUGGACAGAGGACAGGACGCUGCCUCCGAGCCUAGAUCAGGCCCAUGUUUCCAGCAGACCACACACACUGGGCUCCUGCUGUUGUUGGUGUGGGGUGGGGCAGGGUAGGGAGAAGGAUGCUGAUGCUUGGACUUUGUUUUGGUUUUGUUGUCCUACCCCCCAGUCUGCCCCCAAUUAGAAACCAAGUUUUGUUAAUUUCAUUUUACUUGGAACUAAGUGGGAAUUUGGUUUUCAGUCUCUUCCUAUCCUGAGUUUUAUUAAAAAAAAAAUCCUUAUUUUUUUCUUUUUAAGGGAUAUGUAGUGAUAUUAGCAUAAAGAUUUUAAUUUGGGCAACUUUGAUUCUUAAGAGAAAACAAAGCAUGUGAAUAAAAAUUGAAGUGUACACCUCAGUUUGGGACCAAACUGCUUGGAUCUUUGUACAAACCGGUUUUGUAUGUUGAGGAGGAGUUUAAGGCCUUUCUGACCACCUCGUGUUCCCCUUUCUACACAGCCAUGUAUCACAUGGAGUUGCUUCCAGCCUCCCCCAUGCACCCUGCUCUUGUCUGAUUUCUCCUGGGCUGGGCUUCCCAUUCAUUCUCCACCAGCAGCUCCAGUAUCCCAAACUUUGUAGUCCUGCUGGUCUUCAGCAAAAGGAGCGGAAACUGGAGGGCAGUUUCUGGACGGUUUUCUAAGAAACUUCUGAAUUCUAUUAUCUUUACAAAUACAAGAUGAGAAAAUAAUUUUUCAAUAUUUUUUAUUAAUCUUUUUAUAAAAUGAAAAGAAACGCCUAUGAUUAAGGAUGGUGGUUAUGGCUGGGUGGUCUGUGGGGUUGUGUGUUUUUGGGUUUUUCCUUUUUCUUUUUUUUAACCUUAUGUUUUGGGUUGAGACAUUUUCAGAUGUUGGGGGGGCAUCCUCAUUAAAGGGUCCUUGUGCUUGCCUUCGGGCGGCGGUCCUCAGCAGGUGAACCACUGCAUCUGUUGGAUACCGACCGUACCCUCCUCCCCUCCCCCAGCCUUCGCUCUUGGGUUGUUGUGCAUACUUCUUUUACUUUGCUAAUUUCACUAGUUAAGUUGGUUUUACUUGAAUGAUUCAUGUUUAGGGGAGAAAAAAAAAACCUUAAAUUUUUGUUUCAACUCCUCCUGCAAAUAAAAACAAUAAAUGAAGUGGCAGAUGUAAA